UUAAUUUAAAAUAAUAGUUAUAUUUUAGAAGAUUAAAAACAAAAAAAAACGUAAAACCUAACCAAUAUCCAGAUUAAACAGAUUUAUUGUCUUUUUUAUUAAAAAUAACGAAACUAAUAAUCACAUUCCGCGCAAGGCGCGGGUUAUUACCUAGUAAAAAAUUAAAAAUGUAUGUUUGUUUCGACUUUACAUGCCUUGCAUCUUUACGUGAUGUAUAUGUGUUAUACAAGUUGGACUUAAAAAAAAAAAAAAAAAAAAGAUGGACUUUUGAAAUUUCUUAUUACAAUGGGCCAGUAAAGAUAAUUAAGAAACUCAUUAAUAUUGAAGCCCAAAAGAUGCAACCAUACUGGUUCAACAAAAUCAAAUCAUAUCUGCUUAUACUUUUAAAACGUGGUUUUUUUUUUUAAAAUUAUACAGACAUAUCCCGGCUCCACAGAAGUGAUGCAGACUAGUCACGUAUUGUCACGUGUCGGUCAUCUGUCCCUGGCGAUGCCAAAUGUUAAUUCCCCAGUGACCGGGAUUCGAACCCAGGUGGCAGUAUUCACAGCUGUAAGCUCUUUACCACUAGAGCUAGAAGCCCCAGUUAAAACGUGGUUUAUUUGGUUUAGAUUCCCUUAGAAUAUGUUCUUUUAGAAAGAAUAUGGUUCUGUGGUGACUAGUGAGUGACCACUCACGCAACAACUUGUUCAGUGCGAGAAUAUUUUUUUAGUCGAGAAGCUUAAGUUAGCUUUGAAUGAAGUUUGUUAUAUUGAGUAGAAAGUAAAGAGAUGGGUUCGAUUGAUGAAGAAACGUCACUCCUUGAAGCUGAACAAUCUCUUUUACAGGAAGAAGUGAAACUGUAUGCUGAAGAUGGGUCAGUAGACAUUAAUGGAAACCCACCAUUGAAGCAGAAAACAGGAAAUUGGAAAGCUUGCCCAUUCAUUUUUGCCAAUGAAUGCUGUGAACGGUUGGCUUAUUAUGGCAUUGCCAAGAAUCUAAUCACUUACUUCACAAAUGAAUUGCACGAGACCAAUGUUUCUGCAGCUAGACACGUCAUGACAUGGCAAGGCACAUGUUAUAUCACUCCUCUACUUGGAGCUCUAAUAGCUGAUGCUUAUUGGGGAAGAUAUUUGACAAUUGCUUGUUUCUCUGCCAUUUAUUUCAUCGGAAUGGUCGCACUGACACUCUCAGCUUCAAUUCCGGGUCUGAAGCCAGCAGAAUGUAUAGGUUCCAUCUGUCCACCAGCAACAACCUCUCAGCAAGCAGUUUUAUUUUCAGGGCUUUACCUUAUCGCUCUUGGUACUGGAGGAAUCAAACCAUGUGUCUCCUCCUUUGGUGCUGAUCAGUUUGACCAGACCGAUCCAAAUGAACGAGACAGAAAAGCUUCUUUCUUCAACUGGUUCUACUUCUCAAUCAACGUUGGUGCGUUUGUCUCAUCUACUCUUCUAGUAUGGGUUCAAGAGAAUUGUGGGUGGGAGCUAGGGUUCAUGAUACCAACCGUGUUCAUGGGACUCGCUACAGCUAGUUUCUUCUUCGGCACUCCUCUUUAUAGGUUUCAGAAACCUAGAGGCAGUCCCAUUACUAGAGCUUGCCAAGUUCUUGUAGCCGCAUACCGUAACAUGAACCUAAGGCUCCCUGAAGAAAACCACACACCUCUGUCCGAAGUAACGGACGGUUACAAGUUUCUUGACAAAGCCGCAAUGAUCUCAGAAGAAGACACCAUUCACGACCCGUGGAAGCUAUGUACUGUGACUCAAGUCGAAGAGGUUAAGAUUAUAUUACGUUUGUUCCCUAUUUGGGCCUCAGGGAUCAUCUUCUCAGUCCUCCACUCACAGAUCUACACUCUUUAUGUCCAACAAGGACGGUCCAUGCAACGAACCAUAGGCUCAUUUGAGAUCCCUCCAGCUACUCUAGGCAUGUUCGACACUGCAAGUGUUCUCAUAACCGUUCCAAUCUAUGAUAGACUCAUCGUUCCCUUUGUGAGAAGGUUCACAGGCUUAGCUAAAGGCUUCACUGACCUACAACGCAUGGGGAUUGGACUGUUCGUCUCUGUCUUGAGCUUAGCAGUUGCAGCUGUAGUUGAGACGGUUCGGUUACGUUUAGCUCGAGAAAGUGGAGAUAUGACAAUCUUCUGGCAAGUCCCUCAGUACUUUCUUAUGGGGACUGCUGGUUUUUUCUUCGUUGGUCGGAUUCAGUUUUUCUAUGAGCAGUCUCCAGAUACAAUGAGAAGUUUGUGUAAUGCUUGGGCACUUCUUACUACUACGCUUGGAAACUACUUGAGUUCGAUGAUUGUUACGGCUGUGGCGUGUUUGAGCGGGAAAGAUGAUGGUUGGAUUCCUUCAGACAACCUUAACAACGGACAUCUUGAUUACUUCUUUUGGCUUUUGGUCUGUCUUGGGUCUGUGAACAUUCCAGUUUUUGUCCUCUUCUCUGUUAGAUACACGCAGAAGAAGGUUUAGUGAGGUUUUAUUUCAUUCUUCUUCUUGGUUCCACACCUGAAGUAUGUAAAACUUAUUUCGUCAUUUGUUAAUGCCAUGGAGGAUCUUGUUUGUACUAUCAAGAAAACUUGUUAAAGAAGAAACACUGAUGUUUCUUAGAUAUGUUUUAGAUAGAAUGAUGUGCAUUAUAUAAAUCGUCGUAGUUUAUCUUCUUGGCGUUUGGUUUUCGAUUCGGUUUCUGUUCAAGUUCAAGUUUUUCAGUUUUUCUGAUUCUAGACAUAUAGAAAUUCUUUGCUAUUUAUGAAAUUUGGUUUGGUUUGGUUUGGAUAAAUUUGGCUGACUUGUAGUCUAAAUAAUUUCACAGCCGUGUCUAAGAAGUCUACAGGCACUAUAUAUAUCGUAAUAGAAGUAAAUAGAGUUUAUUCUGUUAAGCUCAAUUCUCAAAAUUUAUUUGAUUGAAAUGCUGAAAAAAAUUGUUUCCAAGAGAAGAAAUAUGAUAGUAAGUGUGGUUGUAUUCUUUUUCCUUAUCAUGGUUUUUAUCCCAUAAAAUUUUUCUAUGUCAAAGUUUUAACGAUGCAAUAAAGAACACACAAAAGAUAGACACUUAAAAGAGAAUGUUACAAUUUGAGAGAUGAAAGUCUAUCACUGUUCUAAAGUUUUUGAGAUAAAAAAGAAAAUUAUCAAUUCAAGACUCAAGCACUGUCGAAGAAUGGCGAUGUCAGUGUUCUAUUCAAGUGACAGUUUAGCUGAUUUAUUCACGAAGGUGUUACCCACUGCUACUUCCAAGAAACUAAUUCAUCUUAUCAGAAUACUUUGUCUCUAAGAUCUCGACGUAUGUUACACAUGAGUAGAAGUUAUUACGCGAUGCACUCUUUUUUCCUUAACCAUAUUUUUUCCCAUUGGAUUUUUCUAGGGAGUUUUUUAGUUAGGCAGCAUCUACGGCAUUUUGAAAGCAUGGUAUAAUGGACAUCAAGGAGAAAUGUUAUGAAUAUUAUGUGAUGUCUCUUAUAAAAAGUACUAGAUUUACUUGAUUAUCAAGUAUACUUAUUCUCCAAGUUCUACUUGGUACCCAAACUAUUGUAAUCAUGUAUAAAGAACUCAUUACUCAUGAAAUAAGAUACACUAAUUCCUCUUUUUCUCUUUUCUACUUAUAAUAUCAGUACGAUUUGAUGUUCCUUUAAUUUAUAUUGAUCUUUCUUUGGUGCAAUUACAUUAAAAUUGCUUUUACAAUUCUUAUAUGUUGAGGAUUUUCAAAAAAGAAAUUACUAUCAAAUAAUUUUUAUUAAAUAAAUAUAUAUUUAUGAUCAAUAUUUUUAACACAUGUAGUAUUUAUUGUCAUGUGUCACAAUCAUGUUUAUUAGCAAUUUUUAAGAACAAAAUUUUAUAUAAUAAGAUAUUUACCUAGAUUUUAGGAAACAUUUUAUCUCUACAUCAAUAACUUCCUUGUCCUUCUUAUCUUUUUCUGCUUCUUUGUUGGUGGUUCCGCCGCUGACGAAACUUCAGCCUUCGUUCUGUUGUUCUUGUUCUCAUUCCUCUGCACAUCUCAAAAUCUUCUAACAAACCUACCAGCAUGUAUAUAUGUUAUAAAGUUCACAAGUUGUGGGUCAUCUGCUUCAACCGGCCACUGAUGAAACAGAUCUUGUAGAGACUUCUUCAUAACCAUUUUCCUCAAUGGCACGUACAAAAGUAACUAAUAACUCAGCCAUUAAUAACUCAGUCACCAAACCUCAUAACUCAGUCAAGAAUAACUAAUAACUCAGUCAUUUCUCAUAAUUCAACUAUCAAUAAAUUAUAACUUAGUCACCAGUAACUCAUAACUCAACCACAAUAUAAAUAAAAACUCAUCCAUCGAUACCUACCUCGUCACCAUGGAUACGACCUCAUUGCUUCAUCAUCGAAUACUCUUUUUGCACAUUCAAAUGGUAUCCAAAAAUUGUGAUGCAAAGCAUAAAGUCCCAUAGCUUGAAAAACUAAUAGCCCUAACCAUUUACGCUUUUCAAAACUCAAGGGCCGAUAGACCUCUAAUGCUAGCCUCAGUUCAUCUAACUUCGGUCCCACCCCAUGUGGCACAUUCAACUCCUUCCAGAAUGUUUUGUAUUGGUGAGGUUCAAAACUUUCUAUCGGUAGUGGACAUGUAUUUAACCCAGUGAUCGCACCGAAUUCGUUUAAGCUAAACCUCAUAAGUUGAUCAACAACGAGGCUCCAAAUCUCCUUCUUAUAUACUCGCAGCUGCCUACAUAGUAGAUAGUGUACAGUCCUACAAAACCACACAAAUUUGCUAUCUAGCUUAGCAAUCAUUCCAACGGGAAACUCCUUCAGGUGAUCCCACGCAUCAUGUCCUAUUGCUUCUCUGACGUUAGGGAACUCUCCCUUAUGGCAACUGUGAUUAAUCUCUUUAUUUUCUAGAUUGGAAGCCUCUUAUGCGUAAAGUUUGGAAGGUAAUCCCGUGCUUGAUCUUCAGGAACAUCCAUCUAAUAAUAAAAACAUAUAUAACUUAGCCGAAAUAGAUUAUAAAUCAGCCGCAAUUGAAAACUAUCUCCGCAAAAACAUAUAAUCUAACUCAGCCGCAAAUGGAACACUAACUCAGUCAGAACAUAAUAUAUAACUCAGUCGGAAUGAAAAUCAAACUCAGACACAACAUAAAUAGAACACAUCAACAUCAUAAAUCAAACUUAGUGACACCAUACCGGAGAAGACGAUUUUGGGAGAUUGCGAACAAGACGGUUUCCGAGAAGAAGAAUACAAUUUCGACGAAGACGACGAAGACAAUAUCGGAUAAAGCAGGUUCGAAUGUAACAAAAAAACGAUAAAAAAUAAUGUGUUACGGUUUAAACAAGAGAACAAAGGAAGUUGUGGUGUUUGAAUUAAGACUAAGACGUCGAUUGAUUAACCUCUCUCUUUUGAUCACUGUUUUGAUGAGGAGGAUUACAAAUUUAGUGAUGUGGUAUUGAUAAUUAAAAUUAUUCUUAACUAAAAAAAGUUAAGCAAGAGUCUUUUGUGUGAUUUACUAGGGACUAAAAACAUUCUAGUGAUUAAAAACUUUUCUAUAAUACUCUAGUAAUAUAGCAACUUUUCUGUGUUAAUCUAGUUAUUUUCUCAUGUAGGACAUCGGAUUUUUUUGUUAGGUACUUAGGUUCCAGUUCUGUUUUCGGUCCUCGUUCAACGUAUCGCGGUUUAAACUUGGGCUUUGUAAUUCAACAGGCACAAUAUGACCCGGAACGAAGAAUCUGAUUAUGUCCGGGUCAAGCACAUCGGAGACGCCAAGAGAAAAAAAUAAGGAAAGGAAUCGCGACUGUUAUUCGAGGAGAAUGGAGGUUCAUCGAAGAAGAUGAUCGCAACGCAGGAAGAGAUGGUCGCAGCUAAAGUACCUCUCGGUUACAGAGACCAGUGCGCUCAUCUCCUGAUUCCGCUCAACAAAUGUCGCCAGGCCGAGCUCUUCCUCCCAUGGAAAUGCGAGGACGAGCGUCACGUCUACGAGAAGUGCGAGUACGAGCUCGUCAUGGAGCGAAUGCUCGCGAUGCAGAAGAUCCGCGAGGAAGAAGCCAAAGCUAAACUACAAGGGAACGGUGUCCCUCUGAUCCCUAAGACCGCUAACGCUUAGCCUCUCGAUUCAUCGGUUAGUCUAGUACCGUUGGAAUUAGGGUUUUGGUUUAGCGUAAACCGGCUGGGUAAUUGGAUUGGAUCACAAUUGCAGUUUCAUGUCGCUAAACGAACAUGAGAUUCAUUUAUUGUUAGAAGUUAAACAGUACACAACUUAAUUUUAUUCAUUCAUUAAUCUUAACACCCAAAAGCUUCAUAUAUUAGUCUCAAAGUUAACAAGGCAGCCCAACUUUCAUUCAUUCGUCAAUCUUGAUCACUCAAAAAGCUUCAUAUGAUAAGUCUUAAAGUUAACAUGACGCAGUCUCAAUUUUCAUUCAUUCAUUCGUCAAUCUUGAUCACUCAAAAGCUUCAUAUGUUAGUCUUAAAGUAAACAGGGCAUAGCCCAAUUGUUUCUAGAUUUGAUUUUUGUUCUCUGACUUGUACGCUUACAAGUUCUUAAUACUUGAUCAAUGUGUGAACUUGUUUGUUUUAUGUCUACAGUCACUUUGUUUAAAACCUUAAGAAGCAUUAUGAAGUUACAGCCACGAACUACAGAGUUACACUUCUUGAUUUGGUGGAAUAUACUAUAUAUUUCAUAUAGUAUAUAUGUCACAACAGCUACAGAAAGAUUCUCCUGAUAUCUCUUUUUCUCCUUCUCACUUGCAUUGAGUACUACUCUUACAUAUUGUGUGGUUCUUUAUUUCCUUUUUCAUGAGUUUCUCUGCUCUAAAGACAGACCCCUAUAUAUUUGGUCUAAGAUUCUCUAACAUUUCAAUGAUUUUGUUUCACCUGAUGCUUUUUAUCCAUUCUUCUGAGUUCUUAUUCUUACUCUGAAAUUUAUUUGGACAGGGAUUCUCUGGAACUGUGAAGAAGGUGGGGGCUCUGGUUUUCAAUAUAUUCUUCUUGUUACUGAUGAAACAUUUGGUUCUACAUUUUCAGAUGUGUAUGUUCUAAGGCUCUCUCCCAUUGAAAAUAAGAUGUAAACACAUCUCUGGUUUAGUUUACUUUCUUUAAUACUUUGAGAGACAAAAAAAAAGAACUUAUGAGUUGAAAACGUUUCUACCUCUUUUUUAAAGGUCCACAUAUCACUUGAAUUAUUUAUAUAAUCAUAUCAUUUACGAUGAAUGGACCCAUCUAACGAAAUUAUUGAAAUACAGUAUUUUGACUGUAUGUCUUAAAUUAGCAACGAUUAAAGACAAUAAUUCUGAUAUAUAGGCCGGGUUCAAAAACAAAACGCCAACAAUUCAUUAAAUUGAGGGUGAAGAUGCUGGCAAUUGUCGCUAUUUCGAAAAAGGCUGCAUGUGGUGUCUUUGUUAUUUUCGGCGUUUCAGAAUCAAUAAGUUUGAGUUGUAGUAACAAAAAAGUGACAAAAACUAUAGAAAGAGAUGAAGGAGAGGUGAAGGCUAUCUUUGAGUCUCCGAUCACUAUCACUGCGGUUUUGGGGCGAACAAGGCUAUACUCUCAAUUAUUCCCACCUUCGUAUUAUAAGUUUGACUCUUGCUUAGCUGUUUUUUCCAAUGUUUGUUAAAUUUAUUUAAUUCAUUCUAACAAUUUCACCGUUUUACUUUUUCGAUUUUGAUAAUGAAUGGGUUAUGGAGUAUAUGAAGACGUUUUGACAGCUUAAAAUAGUUUUCGCAACCGACUGUUUUGAUUUAGAGUAUCCUCACCGAUAAUGACAUGUUGGCUAACAUUUUCAACACACAUCAACGAAUUUGAGAGAAAAAACGUAUUAUUCACGUUCUUAGUUAAUCAUCUAUGUUCCAUAUGCAAAAAAAUAAAAAAACAUAGAAAAACGUAUUUUCCUCCGAUAUGGCUACAUAAACUGUUCUAUUGUUUUUUUUAUUUACUGUUACAUGUAAAUCGAUAGAUUCCACAUUUCACAGAGUUAAAUUAUUUAGUUAAAAUAUUAUAUUUUCAAUAUUUUGAGCCAAACCCCUAUAUCACAUAACAUUCUACAAUUUGACCCACAUGUAUGCAUACGAUAUGUACCACCACAUCAACCCGUUACGGGAGCAUAAAGAAAAAAAAUUUAACAUCGAAUGAGAAUAAAAGAGGUUAUGCUAAGAAAACAAUAUCAAACCUUGUCAAAAAAAAAGAGAACAAUAUCAAACCUAAUUCCAAUUCUUAACGAUGAAAAGUCAGGAGUUGUUUGGUCCUACUUCCAAUAAUUAUGCACUCACUACUCUUAAACCUUUUCACAUAACCAGGCAUGUCUAUAUCUAUCCAUGUAUGAUUUUGUAUAUUAUAUUAUUUAUUACUUGCCUUUCUAAUUUGUAUAUUAGUUGUGGCCCAUCCAUUCUCAAAUCACACUUUUAAACAACUCUUUCACUUUUGUUCUUGUGUUAUUAUAAGUGUGAAAGCUUAAUUCUUCUCCGUUCUCUCUAGGUGUUUUAUGGAUUACACCUUUCACACUACUAUUUGGUAUAGAAUUUGCCUUGUUUUUGCAAGUGCUAUGAUUGAAUUCAAUCAAUGGGUGAUAAGAAAAUUGACCCAAUAGAAAAAUAAUAAUAUUUACAGUUGUCAAAUGACCUAAAUCUAUAUAUACUUUGGUGAGAUUUGCACAUCCCCAAAUAACCCAAAAACUAAAUAAAUAAAUAAAUAAAAAAGAAAGAAAAGAAUAUGAUUGUCAUCGUUUUGCAAUCCAAAAUCUAAUUGGGUUACAUUAUCUUUUAUUUUUGCGCGCCUAAUUUUGUAUAAUAAUAUAUAUUUUAAUGAUUUCAAAACUAUUUAUGUGUGUUUUUAGAAGAAACAAUAUUAGCAAAUAUGAAGAAAUUUAAAAUUUAUUUUACUUUAUUUAUCAUUUUUUGAACUUAUUUUUACAAUUAGCAAAAGUUAAAUAUAUGUAUAAAAACAUCACACAACCAAUAUUUGUUUAUGAAUAUCAUGCUCUUAAAAAUGAGUUUUUUUGUUACAGUUAUAUCCAGUUGUGGAAAAUGCAUUUGGAAUUUGUAGAUUACUUUAGCUUAUUUCUUGGGUGACCUUUGCUGAAGAUGUGAAAACACCUCAAGACUUGUCAAAAAAGAAGGUGUAAGUGAAGCUAAGUGUGAUUACUACCUUGUUCUUUGCAACCAUAGCUGUGGCUGCACUUUUCAUAUCUAGGGCCAUGUAAACGGGUGUAAGGUAGAUUUCUAGGGCCUUUCACUUUAAUGGAUUUACUUCCAUUAUUUUCAAGCAAGUAAGACAUAUCUCAAGAAAUUAAAUGAUACCUUUAAAAUUUACUUUACAUUUUUAUUUUAUAACACCUAUUUUAACAUUGCAUUCACCUUUGUACAAAUUUAAUUGUAUUACUACAUAACCAAGACGUUUUGUUGUUCUAAAUUUGGUUUUCUUCAUUUUGGAUUUAAAAUACAAAACAGAAAAAAAUGACAUUUUUAAUUAUAAUUUACACAUUUCUAAAAAAUUCACAUUUCUGUUAUAGUUUUGUCGUUGAAGGCAUAUAUGAAAACAUAAAACUUUUAGUUAGUUUUGCGUUCCCUUACAUUAACAAACGGAACACGAUUUUUGGAUGUAUUACUUCAGUGAACAGAAACUGAUUUUGCUUUACAGAGCAAUGGUGUAUUAUGUUUGACUGAAACCCAGUAUGAAUCAGUCUAAAACCAAUUUUGCGUUGUCUGAACCGAACCAAAUAAAAUUUCAUUGAAGAACAUACUGGAUGGGACAAAAAGUUAAACCAGCCCUGUAAGCAUACAAUAACCUCUUGUUUCUAUGAUUCAGCCCUUUUUCAGAUGCUUCAGGACCCUAUAUGCACAACCCGUUUGAUAUCACUCAAAUUAUCCUAAAAAGUGAAUUACUCUCUCAAAUAAAAGGUUCAGUUGUAGUACUUAGGGAUCAAAUCCACAGAGAGAUAGGAAACCUAAUAAAUCUAAUCAGAUUUGUUAAGCUAUGUUGUUUAAUGUUUUAAAUGUAAAGUUGCGGGUUUGUGAACAAGUGAAUAUUCGAUUGAUUGAUUGGAGUUUUGGUACAUAAAUAAAAAUAGCGAGACUUACGGUUUUUAUUUAGGAAAUAAAAGAUUAUAAUCCUACAGAUGCCUAAUAAGUAGUAUGCAUGAUAUUAUAGAGCUCAACACUUAAUAAUAAACCAUUAGGCUUUCGCUUUGUCUAUUGACCAGUGUCGAUCGAUUAUCAUAUAGGAAUAUCGAUCGAUACACUUGUUGAAACGUCGACCAAUUAUUCGAUUGGAAUAUCGAUCGACGCACUUGUUGAAACGUCGACCAAUUAUUCGAUUGGAAUAUCGAUCGACGCUCUUGGUCAAGCGUUAAUGCGCAGAUUGAAUAUGCUCACUAAGCUUCCUAGCUGAGCUCUCGCCUACUCUAGCAAUCUUAGCUCAGUUAGGAUGGAUUCAAGGUGAGAUGCAAGCUAUCGCUUAUGUCUACAGUUCCUAGGGAAAAUUCUAGGUAGCUAGUCUAGAAACAUGCAUUAAUGACAAUCCUAAAGAUGAAUAUCACAACUUAGCAAUCUAUAGUUGGGGCUAAUCCCUCAUAACCUAUUUAAACCCUAAAUCUAACAACAGAACUACUCAGACAUGGUCAAGCAAUUCAUAACAGCAAUAAAGUAUAAAAACUGCAUAGAUAAAUAGAUAGAUAUCAAUGGAGUUCCAAUCACAAAUCUCUUUGGAUCUUCUCUCCAAUCUACUAAAAAUCCUAGAAAACUUUUGUUGUAAAAUCAGUAAAACAAGAAAGCACACUUUGCCUCUAACAUGUUGGCAAAGCUUAUAUAAUUAGGUUAAAACUCGUCAGGGGUAAUCUUGUAAGUAGGUGAAGACUUGGGCUCUAUGUCUGCUGAGACCAAACGGGCUUUCUGCGCGCUUCGCUGUCGAUCAAUGUCACGAUGUGAACAUCGAUCGAUUAUUCUUCUUCAGUGUCGACCGAUGGUCGUGCUCGAUGAUCAUCUCGGGUGCUUACUCCAAAAAUCUCCAAAAUGCUCCAAAAUCAUCAUUUUUCUCCAAAUCACUCAUGAUCCUAUAAAUAUGCUAAAUAGACUCUAUAAUAUAAUAAUUAAUAGUUAAAACACUUAUAAACCAUGGGUAAAAGUGGGUAAAAUACAUGGUCCAUCACCCGUCUCUAUUAAUAAGAAGAACAAUUAGAAGCAAAUCAAAACUGAGAACAGUAAUAUCUAUAGAUUAACAAAAAAAAAAUAUUUUGAGGAAAAAAAUAGUAUAACUAAAAGAUAUCUACAAUGGGAAGGCUACCAACUACUAAUGCUACAUCGAGAGCAAAAGAUCCGGUAGUGUAUAAGGUGACAUAUCUAGGAGGAACCUGAAACCAAAAGGAGUGAACCAAUCUCUUCUGGUGUCAAUGGUUUACAUCCUUUGUUUCUUAGUUCUCCAUCUGGGGACCGUGAGUCUUAGGCUCUUCCUUGACAAAUCACCUGAGACAAAGUGAACAACGGGAAAUUUCAUGUUUGUUCAAAACCUGCUCUAGAUCAUUAAGCAGAGACAAUGAUGUUGGUAACUCUAUAAGUCUAGAGAAAGAAGUCAUUCAACAUGAUGGCAGCAAUGAGAGAAUGUAAGAGAUGAGUCACCUAAAAACUGUUACUAGUAAAUCAAACUGAUUUUUCAAUGGUUGAAUAUGAUGGUUGUUGCACGAUUAGAUGUUGGACUUCUUGUUAACGAUCAUCUUUUUGUGAUGAAGAGUUUUAGUUAGGUCCAAAUCUGCAAUUGUUCUAGUGACGAAGCUAUUAGCGACAAUCUAUUGAACAACUCAAAUACACAUGAUUUCUCACAUCAAACAACAAAAAUAAGAUCAUGAGCAAAUGAUAAAAGUAUUAAAAAUAUAAUGAGCUGAUAGAUAAAUAGAUACAUACUUGGAUUAGAUAAAUUAAGAUCUUAGGCUUAAGUUGUGCAGUACAUGGUGUAUUUCUUGGUAUUUGUGUUGAGUUUCCUCUUUCUUCUUUGUUGUGUAUCCAACCACUGUAUCAGCAGCCGCUGCUGAUUUCUUUUCCUAUUUCCGUUAAAUACUCAAAUUUCUCUAAACUUUGUUACCUGCAGUUUCUCUAGCUUCAAGAGCUUUGUGUAAGUGUAGUCUUUUUCUCUUGCACUCUUUUUUUGAACAUCAUCUUGCAUCGUAUUUAGCUCUCUUUUAGUGAGUCCCACAAAUAUUCGAUAAGAUUAUAGAAAGAGAUAUCAUUGCAGCCAUCUUAUACUAAUGCUACAAACUAUAAACAAACACUUGAUUGACUCUUGGUUUACCAAUUUCUUGUUGCAAGGUUUCAGGUUUUUCUCGUAGUCAACCUUGCGCAUUUUAGCCUCAACAAUAUGCGGUUCUUUGUCCAUAAUUAUUGUGAAAUUCAAGUAUUAUAUUCAGUUUUAGAACAUUUAAACUGAGAUAAAGUACGUACAACAUUUGUCAAGAAUUUCCAUUGUAUCCAGAAGCUUUUCCAGCUUGUUUAUCCAUACAAAUUUAAAGUUAGUAUGCCUUUGAAGAUGAACCUAAGGUACAAAAUAACUUUGAAGGUGAGAAAGAAACACUCACAGCAGCAACAUAUUUGUUCAUGGGAAUCUUUUUCUUGAAAGUCUCUCGUAAAUCUUCACUUCAGAUCUUAAAAACUUGUGAUGGAAACCUUGAAUCAAGCUUGACUGUAAUUUUAGACGUUGUGGCUUUUAGGCUCAUUAAAGUAGGCACACAUAGAAUCAAUCAAAAGAAAAAUGUAUAAAUCAAGUUUAUGAGUACCUUCUCGUCAAGUAGAACCAUGUCGACUCCAAUUAGGUCGCAUCCUUUAAUAUUGCGAGCCUCCCAGAAACGAAUCAGCGGUGUAACCACAACAACCUUACAUCGUCCACCCAUCAAUCGGAAAGGAGGAUUCAAGAAUUAGCCAUAACUAGAAGCUAAGUUUGAAUUUGUUUUGUGAGAUUGGAAAAUGCAGAAACUAUAAGUUUUCUUUGCAGCAAGAAGCCGAUAUAUACAUCGUUGACUCUUUACCGAGAAGGUGGAGCAUCUCAACUGAAGAGUACUUAGUGGGUGAUAUUGUUUAUAUGAUACAUAGAAACGGAGACGGGUACGUGGAAGCGUAAGCGCAUAAGCGAGGUUUUAAAAAAAAAUUAGGAAACGGGUACGAGUUGGAAGCGUAUAUCCAUAUAUCCAUAUAUACAUACAUAUAUAUAUAUAUAUAUAUAUAUAUAUCAAAAUAUAAAAAAAUAGGACUAAAAAUUAUAUGAUUUAAAUUUAAAAUAAAGUAUUUAUUCUUUUAUAAAUAAUUUUGAAAUGAUUUCAUAUUAAAACUGUGAAAAAUACACAUAAAUUAAGUUUAAAAUUGAUUAUUAUAUCAAUUAUUUUAAUACUUCAUAAAUAAUUGACCCAGUAUAUUUGAUUAUAGCUAUAUCUUUAAUAAAAAUCUCAGUUCAUCAAGAUAAUUUAUAGUAUUAAUUUUGAUGUUUGUAUAUUUUUAUUCCCUCUAUUUCAUUACUAUUAAAAUUUGGAUUAUAUCAAUUAAAAACUAUGAUUUUAUAUUUUCAUCGAUUUAUGACAUUGUGUUAAAAAAAACAGAAGCGUGACUCCAAAAUAUAAUCGUAAGCUUCCAAAAUGUUUUAACAGAGUAUAUUUUAGAAUAGUUUUGGAAGCGAGAUUCUGUAAGCUUUCACAAGGUUUUGAUUCUGAUUUCGAAGCGGGAAGUGGACAUUUGUUGAAGCUUCCGUGCAACCUAGGAUUGAUUGUAUGUCAUUUAUAAUGAGUUAUACCGUCAAAGCCAGAAGGAGUGAGAAAGAAGAAGAGCUGUCGACCGUUGUACACAACAUUAUCAUCUCUUAGGUUUCUGAAUGUGGCUGUCCGGCGAGCUUGCAUAUUGAGCUAAUGGGUCAAAUAAAAUUAGAAAGUCUGGAUAAAUAAAAUAGAUUUAUCAGCCUACUAAACAAAUAGAUGACUUUAGGUGCUUUAAUUAUAAUGUAACAUGUGUCAUCAAAAAAACCCGAAAGAGAGAGAGAAGUCUAUUUUAUAGGUAUAUAGAUAUGUACAAACCCCUCUGUUCGAAAACGCGGACUAGGCGGCCGCCUGUCCAGCGAGUACAUGCUUGGCGGUCAACUAUCUGGGCGGAUUGACCCUAAUCGAUGAUAAAAUCAGAUUUAUCAAAAAAAAAAGAUUUUUGUUUAGUUUUGUGUUAAAAUCAUGUGUAUUUUAGUUGGAUCUAUGAAAAUUUGAAUUAUAAAGUGAUGAAAUCGUGUGUUAAUGAGUG